GAAAAGGCCUGGGCCGACGCAGCCGACAUGGUGAAGACAUACAGCGACGAAAUGGUCGACCGGUGGAACAAGGUCAUCGACACCUACCUCGUCUUCGCCGGUCUGUUUUCCGCGAUCCUCACGGCGUUCAACGUCCAGUCAUAUCCAUUGCUUCAGCCACCAACUGCCGAUCCCAUCGCCGUCUUGCAGCAGAUCUCUCUGCAGCUGCAAAGUUUCUCGAUCAAUCCGCCGUUCGUCAACUCCACUGCGUCACCCGCAGUCCCUUCACAGGCGAAUGCUGUGGCCGCAGUGCCGCGAUCCGUGAUAUGGCUCAAUAUCCUCUGGUUCUCGGGCUUAAUCACCAGCCUCACCUCCGCGCUCCUAGGCAUCUUGGUGAAGCAGUGGCUGAACGAGUACGUGAGCCUUGGGCUUUCCGGAACCUCCCGUGAGGCGGCGCGACGGCGGCAAUAUCGCUUGAACAACCUCGUCAAGUGGCACGUAGGGGACAUCGUCAUACUCAUCCCC